ACUAGAUAGCGACGUUUCCAAACAUGGGCGGAGUUGGAGUCUCUGCACACAGGUAGCCGCAUUUUGGAGAGUCCCUUCAUGCGAUAUUAAGCUUUUACAAGGAAGCCCGCAGCGGAUCAUUCCCAACAAAUAACACCAACACAGAACUUUGCGGAGAGUUAACGACUUUACGUCGGGUGAAGACCCCAUCAUGGAAACGCAGACAGAAAAACAAAAGCCAAAUAACAGCCAGCUGAUCUCUGUGCCUCAUAAGGACACAAUCCGGCUCCUGGAGGUGUAUGUCAAGCGUAGCCUCAGCCUAAAUGAUGGUGCACUGGGGGAAAAGCGGACAACAAGGAAACAAAAGUGGGUGACCCUGCCAAAAAAGCAAAGACGAUCCUCCAGCGACCCUUCCCUUCACUUGGCUGGGGCAUUAGAUCCCAGUGAUAUUGGUGCCCUUUCUGAAGUUGACGUUGAGGAAAAGCCACCCAAGAAAAUUUCUGAGGAAUCAGAGAAGCCAACCAAAAAGUCAAAAAAGAACAAGAAACCCUCAUUUUGGAAAAGUCUGCUUGGCAUUUUCUCUCGGAAAAGUAAUGAGGACAAAGAUGAAGAGCAAGACUGUGCGACAGACGUGUUGGAUUCCUCUCGUGCUGCAGCCACAGACCGACCCACAACUCCGGUCACCGUGCACAAGAAGCCCCUGAGCAGAAAAUCCAUAAAGAGAAGAUUCUCAAAAAGGCGGCUGUCAAAACAAAACAAACUUGGCAAAGAUCUCAACCCUGUUUCCAUCACUGGUGUAGAAGCUGUCAUCAGUGUGGAACCGACAUACUCUUACUAUGAGAAAGUGUCAGAAGAACUGGAAAAAAUUGUGCAUGAGGUCAAAGUAAAAGAGGAAGCUGAAACUCUUUCAGAUGAGGAGGUAAUCAACAGGAUCAUUGCUUUGACAAAGGAGCAGGGUGAUGCAAUAGAAGACAAGAUGAAAGAUAAUCCCACCCUAAGCAACUUCUUCCAGAAGAUGUCUUACGCUUCUUUCCAGAAACUGGCAGAUGCAUAUCUGGAAAAAGAAGCAACGCCAACACACACUCCUCCCACCGUGCUACCUACUGCACCUGAGCUGGUCAAACUGGCUUUUACCCUUGACUUCACAGCCCGGAUCGCCGGGCUUUCCAGACAAAACGUAGGCCACAUUACAGGUCUCGGGAACCGAUAUCUGCAGGAUCGAUUUGAAUAUAAACAGGUAUGUACAGAUCAUCCAUGGUCCGACAGUGAUGACUGAGGCGCUGCCACUCAAAAACAAAGCUGAAGC